AUGGGAAAUAGGCAAAAAAAUUCAUACUCCUAAGAACAGCAAAAAAAUAAUGAAUAAAUGUAAAUAAAUUCUUAUUUAUAUUUGUAGAUUAAAAGAAGGAUAAAAAAUUGAGGAGGGAAAGAUAAUGUAAGAGAGUAAUACAAUUUAUGAAGAUUAUGUUUGGGAUUGUUAUAAUUCUCGUUUUUUAAAAACUUAAUUCUAUAUUAACAUAACUUCUAAUUAAGAAAUCAAAUAUACAAAUAUUGAAGGAUCAAUUCUUAGAAUGUAAGUUUUAUUCAACUUAAUCAAAGAGAUUAUAUUAAAGACACUUCAAAAAAACCAGAAAUAUUAACUAAAUUAGAGUAGAUUAAAUAUCUUAAUUGGUAAGGAGAAUAUGGAGAGAAUUUAAAGAAAGUAGGUAAGUGGACUGUUACUUGGAAGGGAGAAAUUUUGGAAAACGUUGGUGGAUGGUACUCGGAAAAAGAUAAUGGAUAAAAGGUAGGAUUAUGGAAAGAAUUAAUAAAGAAUUAUUGGAGGUGUGUUUUAAUUUAUAAUUAUUAUAAUUUAGUAAGGCUUAAGUCUAUGAAAUUGGAGAAUACUAAAAUGGUUACAGAAUAGGAUAAUGGAAAUAUAUAUAUAAUAAUCAUUAAAUGUAAGAGUUAUGUUUAACAUAUUUUAUAGUGGGGGUGGAUUUUAUAAUGAAUCAGGUUAAAAAAUUGGAAAAUGGAUUGAUAUAAAUGAUAACUUUUGGGAGUAUAUGAUUAAUUUAUUAUAAAAUAGGCAAAGUUAUAUCACUCUUAGAGGUGAAUAUAAAAAUGGUAUUAAAGUAGGUUUUUGGAAUAUCUAUUAUAAUAAUAAUGUUGGAGAAUAAUAGACCUUAUUAAUGUAAAAUAUUAAUAGUUAAGGCUAUAAUUAUAGUGGAACUGGAUUAUUUGAUGAUCAAGAAAGAGGUACAAAGGUAGGAAAAUGGAUUGAAAUGAGAGAAGGAUCUUGGAGGUAAAUCUUAAUUUCGAAUACUAUUUAUUUAGAAGAAGUUUAAUAAUUCUAAUUGGCAACUAUAAAAAUUAAGAAAAAGUUGGUUUGUGGGAUACUUAUUAGUUUUGGGAUAAAAAUAUUAUCAAAAUGUAAAUUUUAUAAUAUUUAAUAUCUUAUACACAUAAUUAGUGGUGGUGGAAAUUAUGAUGAAAAUGGAGGUAAUAUUAAAGUAGGGAGAUGGAUUGAGUUGAAUGAUGGUUUUAGAAGGUAAAUGAAUAUUAUUAAAUAAUUAACAUUAGUGAUUAUUAAGUGAUAUUUAGAGGUGAAUAUUAUUGUGGUAAUAAAGUUGGUAGUUGGGAUACGCAAUGGAGAUGUGAUUAUAUUUCUCCAUUCUAAUAGAUGUAUGAUAUUUCAUAUUAUAUUUUACAUUUAUAAUUAUAGUGGUGGUGGAUCAUAUGAUGAAAAAGGAUAUGGUGUAAAAAUAGGGAAUUGGAUUGAGUAAAGUGACAAUUUCAGAUCGUAUUUAUAAAAUACUAUUAUUUUAGUGAAGGUUAAGUAAUAACAUUUGAAGGGGAUUAUAGAAAUGGCAAUAAAGUUGGUAGAUGGGAUUAUUAUUGGAGGGAAAAUAAAUUAGAGAAGUAUAUGUAGAUGUAGCAAAUAAAAAUUUAUGUAAAUAGAGGUGGUGGAUCUUAUGAUAAAUAAGGAAAUGGAGAAAAGAUUGGUAAAUGGAUUGAGUUGAGCGAUAAUUUUUUUUAGUAAGUUUAGAUUUUAUUAUUAGAAACUCUAAAAUCACUUACAAGGGAGUAUACAAAAAUAAUAAAAAGGUUGGGAGCUGGAAUGAGAUUAAAAUAGAUGAUAAAAAGAUAAGAUAAUUUAGAAAUAUGUAAAAGCUAUCAAUAAUUUAGGUAUUAAAUUCUAUUAUGA